UUUUGGCCUCUCCUCAACUUUCCAGAUUGGUUCCUGCCAAGAGUGUGGGGAAAGAAAAAAAGGAUCCACUGGAUCCUCAACUAUUAAAUUGAAUAAUUCCCGACUUUAUCCCUGAAGAAAUUCCGCAUUUGCCACAAAGGUGUGCCACCAUGACUCCUAAACCGCGUUCUAAAACCUUCACAGGAUGCUGGACAUGUCGGUCUCGCCGUGUAAAGUGCGAUGAGCAGCGGCCCAACUGUCAACGGUGUCAUCGCAGUGGACGGACAUGCCAAGGGUAUGGUGUGCGGUUGGGAUGGACCAAUGCCCCGGGAACUGCAAUACAGCGUCGGCUGCUGCGCUCUUCAUCUAGGGCUGCGUCGGAGUUGUCGCCGUCUGCUGUAACAACACUUUUGAGUGACUUGGACCAUUCGUCGGGGAAAGCGAUCGCUCAGCGAGGGCCGUUUUCGGUCUUUUCAGUCUCUGUGUCGGAAGACUUAAGUCGAAAUAUACGGGUCUAUAGUCCCCGCGAGUCAUCGACGGAGACCUCUGACAGCUUUCGUCCAUAUCAACACGACCUCUCCGUACCAUCGCAUCCAAAGGCAUCGCUGAGGGUGCAGCAGUUAUCCUUUCCGGAGCCUCCGAAAUGCGUCCCGGGCGAAGAUGCCCUCAGUGAGAUUGGCCAGACAACACCAAACCUAUCACUGAUGGAACGUAGGCGAUCCUCUGAUAUUUGCGCAGCAUCCACACAUAACAAGGCUCGGGGGUACUUAGAAAAGACCCGCAUCCCAUCCUCGCUAAAUCCUACGGAUAUGGCUAACCCUGAAAUCGAAUUGAUCCAUCAUUGGGUCGUCUUCCUUAGCGGAAACCUGAUCCUGAUCGACUUGGCUGACAAUCCAUGUCGCACGGUUUUCAUGCCACUGGCUCUCAAGGGACUGAACUCUUCCUCGGCAGAGUCUAACAUGCACCGUGCUGUCUUCCAUGGACUGUGUGCAGCUUCCGCUUUUAGUCUAUCUCAUCUUCGCAGCGAGUCCAAGUACCAGUCUCUUGCGGUUCAGCAUGACCAGCAAGCUCUACAACAUCUGAGACAGAACCUUCGUCCUGGAAGCCGACUAGACGAGACAACUCUUGUUGCUGUGCUAACGUGUAUCGCGGCUGAAGCCAUGUCUGGGCGGCGCAGCCGAUGGAGAGCUCACGUUCUUGGCGGGUUGGGAAUGUUGGAAAAUGAGCUUGAUGGCGAGUGGCUGCAGUCACCAACAGCGGCACGCUUACUUCAGAGCUACUUGUCUCUCUCAUCACUGUGCAAUUUCCGGAUGUCGGCUCAGUUGUUGGCGUUGCUGAAACAGCUUCCGAAUAUACAGAACUAUCUAGAGCGGUCGCAUGGUGUCUCACAAUCACUCGUACAAUUUCUAGCGGACAUGUCUGCCCUCAGGGAGUCACCGGGUCAGACCACAGUUGCGGAACUGGACCAUCUGGAGCUGCAGCUUUAUCUCCAAUUUCCCAGCUUGCAUUUGCAGGAAACACCCGAGUCAAUUGUCAUCCAGCAUGCCCUAAACUCAUUCUACUACGCAACAGUUAUCUACUUUCGCCGUACCCUUCGCCGUGUCCCUGUGACAGAUGUUCAAGACCUUGUGGAGAAAGCGGUCCACGAUCUUGAAGCCGCUGAGGCUCUUACUCACAGGAAAGGUGGAUGUGCCUAUAAUUGGGCAAGCUUCGUGGUCGCCGCAGAAUGCAGCCGACCAGAUCUGCAAGAGAGGAUGCUUGUUUUAUUCGAUCGUAAACGUCGUCACGGAAUCAAGAACAUCCAAUCAUUGUGCGAAAUCGUUACGACAUUGUGGCAACGGCGAGCAUCUGCGCCUGGAGUAGACAUUCAUUGGGAGGAGAUUGCUAACGAGGCUGAUUAUGAUAUCAUGCUAGUAUGACUACGUUGCAGAUGACAAGAAGUUGCACGUGUCCGUACCGGUUCAUAAAGUGUAUCCGCCAUCCACCACCAACGCAGUACCACACACAAAACUGCUCAUGGGCGAGGCAAGAUAGAGGAUGGAGUCCGCAAUCUCUUCAGGAUCGGCGGGACGACCUAAUGGAGUUUUUUCGAACUCGCUGUUCAUUGAACCGCUUUCAAUCCCCGCACGGAUGAUAGGUGUGUUGACAUAACUGGAUCAUUAGUGUUGGACAUAGUCAGCAGAAGGGCGAAGAUACGUACCCGGGACAAAUGGCAUUGAUGCGUAUCUCAUCCUUGCCGUACGUUUUGGCGUCCUAUGAUUGUGAGUCUAUAUGCCAAGAAAAACCAAGACAGAUAGGGAAUUGCAUAUACCAGUUUGGUGAUUCCGACGACAGCUGGUUCUCUUAGCAUCUCACGGGGGUUACAAGGCUAUGAAUCUCAGUGGAACUUACCAUGCUUGGCAGCAGUGUAUGGAAUGAUUCCGAAGUUUGCCGGGGGAGUAGCGAUGCCAUACAUCGAGGACAGGUUAAUGAUUACUCCGCGACCUUCACGGACACCUCGCGAUCUAACAAAUCAGCGAAACCGAACUGGGCCAAAUGGCAACUAUGAGACC